CUAUUGGGCUGUUGGUUGCAAAUGGGGCCCAUAUUCUACAUACUGAUAGCAUUGCCGUGUACAAUAGGGGCAAUAGCACUGGCCCUUCGCCACAUUUAUAACCAUUUACUGAAUUAUACUGAGCCAACAUAUCAGAGAUACAUUGUCCGCAUUAUCUUUAUGGUUCCAGUAUAUGCAUUGAUGUCUUUCUUGUCCUUGAUCCUGAAUAAACAUGCAAUUUACUUCAAUUCAAUCCGAGAAAUAUAUGAAGCUUGGGUCAUUUAUAAUUUCCUUUCACUAUGCUUAGCAUGGGUAGGUGGUCCAGGUGCUGUUGUGCUAAGUUUAACUGGAAAAGUUCUGAAACCCAACUGGUGUCUAAUGACAUGCUGCUUCCCCCCAAUGGCAUUGGAUGGACGCUUUAUACGAAGGUGCAAACAAGGGGGUUUGCAAUUUGUGAUCCUUAAACCCAUCCUAGUCACAAUUACGUUGAUACUAUAUGCAAAAGGGAAGUAUGAAGACGGGAAUUUCAAUCCAAGGCAAUCCUAUCUCUACCUCACCAUAAUCUACACGAUAUCAUACUCUGUGGCACUUUAUGCCUUGGCCUUGUUUUAUGUGGCAUGCAAAGAUUUGCUGAAGCCUUUCAAUCCAGUGCCCAAGUUUAUCAUAAUCAAAUCUGUCGUAUUUCUUACAUAUUGGCAGGGUGUGCUGGUUUUUCUUGCAGCCAAAUCCAAGUUAAUCAAAGAUACAGAGGAUGCUGCAGAAUUUCAAAAUUUCAUAAUUUGUGUUGAAAUGCUAAUUGCUGCAGUUGGCCAUCUUUACGCUUUUCCUUACAAAGAAUAUGCUGGUGCCAAUAUUGGUGGGAAUCGUGGCUUUGCAGCAAGCUUUGCACAUGCUUUGAACAUCAGUGACUUUUACCAUGAUACAGUACACCAGUUUGCUCCUACCUAUCAUGAUUAUGUGCUCUACAACCACGGUGAUGGUGACGAAGGAACUACAAAGUACAGGGCUCGCACUUUUGUUCCGACUGGCCCAGAAAUGGAUACAGUCAGAAGAAACAAAGGCAACCUUGGGAACAAAGACGAGUUAAAUUCACCAUCUUCAGUCGGUACUACUCAAAAUUUUGGCGGGAAUCAGGAGACUCCGAACUCAGACGCCUUAGGUUCCUCAUCGUUGAUCAGGAGCGAAGCAAAUUCUGCUAAUUUGCCUUAUGACCUUUCCCUUAUGGAUGUAGACCUUUCUAAUUAUCCAAAAAAGGUACCUGCUGCUAAUGAAGCUGGGAAACGAUGACAUGUAUGACGUUGUGAUCCAAGUGCUUGUUUUACUAGUUUGCUUUUGACUACAGAAAAUGUACAUUUAGGUUAGUACUAGUAUGUAUUGGGUCAAGCUUUAUACAGUUGUUGUUGGCAUGCCGCAUAGUAAUUGAGGUUUGUGUUGCUUGAA